AUGGGACUACAUAUGGACGACCUUCACGCGCCGACCGUGGCCUCGGGCCCUACGACCGGAGGAUUCACAAAUGGCGUGUCUAAGGACCGACUAUCGCUGCAGGAGCUCAUCGCGGAAAAGGACCGUGUCGAGGCAGAGCUCAAAGCCCUAGGUCAAGUGCUGGAUUCAAACGACUACAAGGUGCUCAUGGUUCGCAUCGAGAAGGGCCUGCACGAGCACCACGCACGUCUACAAGAGCAAGCCCAGAACAACACCGCCACCUCCAACGCCUUGCUCAGCGCAGGUAGUGCUGCCCCAGCGGCCCUAGAAGCGCCGUUUGCAAAGGUCAACAGCGUCGUAGCAGGCAGUCCGGCAGAGACAGCGGGCUUGCAGGUGGGCGACAGCAUAACCAAGUUUGGAUGGGUGGAUUGGACAAACCACGAUAAGCUGGCGCGCCUCCCGCAGGUGGUAUCGCAGAAUGAAGGGCUUCCCAUCAUCAUCAAGGCGAUGCGGCCCAGCGCUGCAGGCCCAUCAGAGUCGAUCGAGAUGCAGCUUACGCCGCGGCGCAAUUGGGGUGGCAGAGGCAUGCUGGGUUGCAACCUACUGCCACUGUAG